GGAAGCGGAAGCGGCUCCUAGGUGGGCGGGCGUAACGAGAACGAGGCUCAGACCCUGAGUCUCGCCUACUUUCUGCAUGUUCUCAUCCUGUGUGCGCUUGGUUUCCCUGAAGUUCCAAGCUCCCCAGUCAUUGGUCAGCAGAAAGUUCCAGGCUCUCCAGUUCUUGGUCAGCAGUCCUUCACGCCUUUUCAUGGAUCUGAAAACUCUUGUUUCCUCAUUGAAUGACUUUGCCUCGCUCUCAUUAGCUGAAAACUGGGACAAUGUUGGAUUAUUGGUGGAGCCAAGCCCACCCCAUACUGUGGAGACCUUAUUGCUGACAAAUGACCUGACGGAGGAAGUGAUGGAGGAGGCACUUCAAAGGAAAGCAAACCUCAUUCUCUCCUAUCAUCCGCCUAUUUUCCGACCACUCAAGCGUAUAACUUGGAAAACAUGGAAGGAGCGGCUGGUGAUCCGGGCUUUGGAGAAUAGAGUUGGUAUCUACUCUCCACAUACUGCCUAUGAUGCUUCACCCCAGGGAGUCAACAACUGGUUAGCAAAAGGGCUUGGAGGUUAUACCUCUCUUCCAAUACAUCCAUCGAAAGCUCCCAGCUAUCCAACAAUAGGAACCCAUCGAGUGGAGUUUAAUAUAAAUGAUACCCCAAGUAUGGACAAAUUCAUGUCUACAAUGAAAGAGAUACCAGAAGUUUCAAUAACUACCUUCUCUGUUAGGAAUGAUGGAGAAGAACAAAUACGGGUCAGUUUGAACUGUACCCAGAAAGCAUUGCUGCGAGUGGUGGCUUUUCUCUCUGAAAAUAGUCAUCUUUAUCAGAAGACUGAGAUCCUGUCACUGGAGAAACCCCUGCUUCUGAAUACUGGGAUGGGAAGAUUAUGUACAUUGACUGAAUCUGUCUCCUUGGCAACCAUGAUUGAACGAAUCAAAGGUCACCUAAAACUGCCCCAUGUCCGCCUCGCUCUUGGAGUAGGGAGGACUUUAGAGUCACAAGUCAAAGUAGUAGCCUUGUGUGCCGGAUCUGGGAGCAGUGUCCUUCAGGGUGUGGAAGCAGAUCUUUACCUUACAGGUGAGAUGUCACAUCAUGAUGUCCUCGAUGCUGCUGCCCAAGGGAUAAACGUCAUUCUUUGUGAACACAGCAACACUGAACGAGGCUUCCUAUCAGAACUUCAAGACACACUGGCAGCCCACCUAGAGAAUAAGGUCAACAUUAUCUUGUCAGAGACAGACAGAGACCCUCUUCAGGUGGUAUGAAACAGCCCAGGAUCAUCUGGGGCACUAUGUAAAUCUGUUGAAUCCUAAAGAGGUUUCACUUAGGAGCAAGAGUUGGUCUGUCUCAAAGUGGUGUGCCUUACAAUGGUUCAUUUUUAUGUAGACUGGUGAACUGGCUAAUUGAUUCCUUAAGGUGAAGACUAAUGUAACUGCUUUAUUAAAAUAAAAGAUGUUUGCUGUAAACCCUAAUAAGGAAGAUGGAAAUUGGCUUCUGAAAGCAUUAUUGGAAGGUAGCUUCAAGUAGUCUAAUACUGCUCCACUGACAUUUCUCUCAGUAUUAGCUUACAUUUUACUUAAAAUAUUCUAUACUAUACUACUGUAAACAUAAGCUCAUGGAGGGCAAAGACUUUCCAAUGUGUUCCUUUCCACAAAGUCAUCACUGAGGAAAUUAAAAUUAUUCUGUAUUAUUUAAUAAUUGAUUCUGUUCUGUAAUUAACCCUAUUUUCCCCAUUUUGUCAAGCCACAUUUCUCAGUUCUGGAGUUAAGCUCAAUUGAGCAUGUGGUGUUUGCUAGUCCAAGGUGGUUUAAAGGUGUGGUUGAAAGGGAGGGAAUGUUAUCACUCAUGUAGUUAGCCCCUGGGACAUCUGAUUGUUAUCUUUAAGCUCCAACUGUCAUUCCUCAAAAGACAAAUCAGUCCUUGCCUGUCCUUGUGCAGUUUGGGUAGGCCUGACCUCCACCAAGUCCCCUAAGACUACAAGAGGCAGCUGAGUGCCAUAAAACAAUAUUCCUUAAUUGUCAGAGAGGGGCAUGAUUAGCCACAUCAGAAUGCCAACCCACUCCCCACCCCCUUCCCAAGUGUCAAAAAAGAGGAUUCCCUCCCAUUUGGGUUGCUGGCCUUACUGAGGUGGUCUGUACUUUGUUAACACUAUAUGCAUCACUAUUAACAAAUUGUCACUUUCUGUAGCUUUUGUUGUUCAGUCACGUCUACGUUUCAGAUUUUCUUGGAAGAGAUGCUGGUGUAGUUUGCCAUUUCCUUCUCCAGCUUGUUUUACAGAUGAGGAAACCGAGGCAAAUAGGGCUAAAAGACUUGCCCAGGGUCACACAACUAGUAAGUAUCUAAGGCCAGAUUUGAACUCAGGAAGAUGAAUCUCCCUGAUUUCAGGUCCAGAGCGCUACUGCUGUGCCACCUAGCAGCCCUUCUACAAUAAGCCUUUCCUAAUCCCCACAAGAGCCAAUCAAGAGAACCCAAUGAGAUCAAGCUGUGGGCAGACUUCCUUCCCUUCCUUCUUCCCUACUGCCCAUAUUCCAACAGGCACCGUACAUCCAUAUCUUGCUAGAUCCUCAUCCCUGCCAAGGGUUAACCUAAGAGCCCAACGUCAUUUUGAUCCACUCCCCUGUUCCCACAGUUGUUGGGGACUUGGCUUCUCAAACUGGAUGACAGGGGAAGGGAAGUUACCAAUUACAAUCCUGAAGAUAAGAGAGUGGACCACUGGGAUUUAACAUCUGCCCUGACAUGGCUCCUUCAAGUGUAGAGGGCCUGCUCUGACAAAGUCCCCAACAGGACAAGUCCAGGCCAGGUUCACUGAAGCCUGUUCUUGUCCCUGGGCUGUUAAACUCAGGAUGUGGGCUCUCCAACCCCUCUAUGUGUACAUGCAGAAUAUCCAGUUCCAAGGAGGGCUGUCAACACAGUGCUGAUAUGACACAAGGGAACAAAGUACAAGGAAAUCACGCAAUGCAGUUAACAAUUGCCAAAUGUUCUCAUGAGAAGUUGUUGUGCUUGCUACAUGGAGAGUAUAUCAGCCCCUUCCCUCAGAUCAACAAAUGGAGCUAUACUACACUCUCCCACCUAGCCUGUGUCUUCUUUUCACUCUCCAUGGCAUUCCAUGCCACAGCUGCUGGUGGCAGGUGGUGCCCACACAGGGACUGAAGCAGAUGAGUUCAAGAGGACAGAGGCUCUGAAAGACUGAGUCUCCCGUGGAGAGGCCCUGACAAAAAAACGGAGCUCCGGCCCGUGAACACAAUCCACUAAGUUAAGGGCGAUAAUCUUUUUCCUUUCAAUUUUCUUUUCUAAGUAUCACCAGGCUUAUACGGGGAUUAAAGAGAUGGGACAAGUACAGUCAGGGGAAAGAGACUGAGAAUACUGUAUGAAAGUUCUGAAGAAGCUAGUAAGGGAAAGAGGUCUCUUAAUAACAACUACCUAAUUACAAUAAUUUUUAGAGACAGCAAGAGACAGCACAUUUCCCCUACAGCCGGGGAUCUGCCCCAGGUCAUCUUAAAAGCAGGGUCUCCAAGACCCUAAUAAAGCAUGGCAUCUGGCCUCCUGUAGCAACAAUCUGGCUAGCAGCUGCUGUGGGGUUGAAAAACCAACAAUCACCAGCUCACAGAAUGCUGCAAGCCCAGGUUCUUCUGAUCUGCUUUACUAAGGAAAGCAACAUUAAGGGGUUAACAAUCUUACUUUAAUCCAGCAUAUGAAUAUCAUUCACUUAGUUCAGGGGAAAAAGCCAGCACCCUGAACUUUAGAGCAAAUUCAAACAAAUUAUAAACAUCAACAGAUAGACCAAAUACAAUUUAUAGUUACCAACAUCUGAGUUCAGCCGGGAGCUUGACAACGGCUGGCCCAGAGUCAUGCAAUACUUCUGCUGUGGGUCAGAGCUCUGAAAAAAGAAAGCCAACCUCUCAUUUUAUAUCUUUUUCAGGGUCAAGGAUGAGUCACACAUGUGACUCACCCACAUGACCUAAAAUCAUCACAAAAACGUGUAAAAGCCUCUGAUAUCACAAACAUGUCACUCAAACCCAUGUAAACUAGGCGUUCCCUUGAGGCAAGGAGGUCAAGGACUCCUAAUUUAAUCAAGGAAAUAAAGGCCAAACUCUUCAAGGGCACUUGGUUGAAUUAAGUGCUAAGAGCCCAUUUUGAUUACAUCAAAAGGCCGAGCAAAAGUCUAAUUUGUACAAAGGAUUUCUAAGAAUCCUCUCUGUGUUUCCUGUCAUUUUCCGUGUGUGUUCUGUAUCUGUGUUUCUGUGUGAGUGUGUAAUCUGACACCCUGUAAUGUCCACUAUCUGUCUUUCUCUCCCUCCCUGACUCCAGUCUCUUGGGAGGAACAGGAGGGCGGGGGAGAGAGAAAAAUGUUUUGUUGUUUAAGUUAUGUGAUGGAAAAGGCAAGUUGUAGAGGGCAAGAGAAGUGUCAGGUCAGAACAAGAAAGAAAUAAGGUAUGUGCAGUUUUAAAGGGGCUUUAAUUUAAUCAAAGUCUACCAGAAAGGCAAGGCAAGAAAGUUUAAGCAGGUAAGAAAGAGGAAGAUGUGCAGGAAGUUUAAGGAAGGCAUAAUCUAUUUGCACAAACAAUGUGAAUAGAGGUUUUGAGAGUAAAAGGAAACUUUUGGGAAGUUGGUGGAAAAAAUGCUCUUUCUUUCUCCCUGCAUUCCAAAUCUGGCCAAUUUGUAAUGUGAAAAGAGAUAAGAAAGAAGGCUGGAAACUUUUCCCUUAAAUUUGUGAAAUGUGUUACUCCUAAUUUGAUGCUUAAGAUAAAUCAGAAUUUAUUAUACUAUUUGGCACUAAGGCAAAUUGGGAAAAUGCAUAGAUCUUAAAAACAGGCACUUCAAGCUCUCCAGUAUGAGGAGAAGGGACAAGGUGCCACAGGACUUUUUUUCCCAGAGUCCCAUUCACCUCUGACAAAGGUCUCACUUUCAAAAAGUUUUUAAAGGAUUGAACACAAAAGUGAAGUUUACUUGAGAAAAAGUUAGAAUCAUUAAGAUCUUUCACCCUGCUGGUCCUGUCUCUGACAAAGCCAGGGCUGCAAUAAAAAAAAUUAGAGCAGCUAAAACAAACUCCUCUCAUUCCAGAUCAGGUAAGGGAAGAAAGUAAUGGUAGGGAAUUUGAGUUACUCUCCCCCACCUGGGAAAAGAAAAAGGGGGGAGGCAUAGCAGCUAUAUCGGGACCCCUGGGCACCCUGAAGCCCACACCUCUAAGCAAGCAGAGGAACUUCUCUGAAACCCCUGAGUCCUUGCUCCCACACUACAGGAACCUGGAGUUUUUGCUUCAAAUUCAAAGAUUCCUCAGGGACCCUCUUCCUUAUCCACCGAAUUCCCCUCCUCAAUGACUCCUUGGACCUUUAAUUAAGGUGCUAGACUCUAUAGCUUCCCAGCAACCCCUGGUCCUUAGCCCCUCUCUCUCCCCUUCCCAAAUCCCUGACUCUACAACCAGGCUCUGCAACUGUGGGGAGAGAAAAAAAGCCUCUACGCUCGGUAAGCCCAAUAUAUGUAAUGAUUUGGGAAUGCAAUUAAUGUCAUCUGAAAUUUUCUGCUUGUUAUUAUUGUAUUUCUAAAUUCUAAUAAAAUUCUCCUAUAUUG